AUGGCCAACAGCCGGAUGGACUCCGGGCUUCCUGCUUUUCCCCGAUACCCCUGGGCUGCGUACCCCGCGGCGCCGAAAGUCACUUUUGUGCCUCGUGUUCUGACCAACAUCCAUUUAGUCAUCGCUGCCGAUGGACUGUACAAGCGCGACGUGUUCCGCUUUCCCGACCCUUUUGCCGUCGCCACGAUCAACAGCGAACAGACCAAGACGACUGCUGUCUGCAAGAGAACGCUCAACCCCUACUGGAACGAAAGCUUCGACUUUCGCGUGAACGAAGACAGCAUACUCGCGGUCCAAGUCUUUGACCAGCGGAAAUUUAAGAAGAAGGACCAGGGCUUCUUGGGCGUCGUGAACAUUCGUGUUGGUGACUCCGUCGAACUGUUGGCUGAAUCAGAUGACCAGAUGCUCGCGCCCGACUUGAAGAAAUCGACCGAUAACCUUGUUGUUCACGGAAAGCUGAUUCUGAACCUGUCGACCGAUUUAACCUCUCCCCCUCGCCAGCAUCAGGCGCCUCAACAGAACUCGCAAUCCAAUUCUUUGCAACCAGCUGCUGCUGCCGCGUCCGGAUCGAGCCGUGCGUCUGUCAAUAGUACAUCACUCGCGGCCUCAGGCGCUCGAACCCACGACCGACCGACAUCUGCAAUGUCCGGAUCUGUGAACGGGGCGUCAAACGCCAACACUACGACACUCCCGAUACGCCCUGCUAGCCUUGUUGCGUCCAACACCGGCGCAAGUGGCUCGGCAGCGCCCGCGCCUUCAACUUCCGCAGCGCCGCCGGCCGGCGCUCCGCCUGCUGCAGCAGCCUCGUCCGCAGGUGGUGCUGCAGCCGGUGCCACGGCCGCUCUCCACGCACGCACUACGAGCACCAUGAGUCCGUUCGAGGAUCACCUUGGCCGUCUCCCCCCUGGCUGGGAGCGCCGUGAGGACAACCUUGGUAGACAGUAUUAUGUGGACCAUAAUACGCGCUCUACAAGCUGGACACGCCCUACCGCGAACGGAUCGGUCGAAAGAAGCAACCAGGAAGCGGCGACGCAGGUAGAGCGCCAACGCCACCAGAACCGCACGCUUCCCGAAGACCGUACGGGCACCAGCUCCCCCUCGCUCCAGCAAGACCAUCCACAGCAGCAGCAACAAGCAGCAGCAGCAGCGGCGGCGGCGGCGGCCCCUAGUUCUGGCACGGUUAUGCACACGGGAGCUACCAGCCCUGGUACCGGCGAGCUUCCGCCUGGUUGGGAACAGAGAUGGACUCCCGAAGGCAGAGCGUACUUUGUGGACCACAACACGCGGACCACGACUUGGGUUGACCCCCGCCGACAGCAAUACAUUCGCAUGUACGGCGGCCAGAACAGCUCCAAUGGCGUUAUCCAGCAGCAGCCAGUAUCCCAGCUCGGCCCGCUGCCCAGUGGUUGGGAAAUGCGUCUCACGAAUACCGCUCGUGUGUACUUUGUCGACCACAACACGAAGACGACCACCUGGGACGACCCGCGUCUGCCGUCGUCUCUCGAUCAGAACGUUCCCCAGUACAAGCGUGAUUUCCGGAGGAAGCUGAUCUACUUCCGCUCGCAGCCUGCCAUGCGUAUCCUGUCUGGGCAGUGCCACAUAAAGGUGCGCCGCUCGCACAUUUUUGAAGACUCGUUUGCAGAGAUUACGAGACAGACGCCGCACGAUCUGAAGAAGCGUCUCAUGAUCAAGUUUGACGGCGAAGACGGCCUGGACUACGGCGGUCUUUCUCGCGAGUUCUUCUUCCUCCUGUCGCACGAGAUGUUCAACCCCUUCUACUGCCUGUUUGAGUACUCGGCGCACGACAACUACACUCUGCAGAUCAACCCCCACUCGGGCAUCAACCCCGAGCAUCUCAACUACUUCAAGUUUAUCGGCCGUGUUGUCGGUCUGGCUAUUUUCCACCGACGGUUCCUCGACGCAUUCUUUAUUGGCGCUCUGUACAAGAUGGUGCUGGGAAAGAUGGUCGUCCUUGCCGACAUGGAGGGAGUGGACGCUGAUUUCCACCGCUCGCUUCAAUGGAUCCUGGACAAUGACAUUUCGGGGGGCAUUCUCGAGCAGACGUUCUCGACAGAAGACGAGCGCUUCGGCGUGCUGACGGUCGAGGACCUGAUCCCCGGCGGCCGGGACAUUGAGGUGACCAACGAGAACAAGAAGGAGUACGUGGACCUCAUGGUCAAGUGGCGCAUCGAGAAGCGCAUCUCGGAGCAGUUCCAGUCGUUCCGGGAAGGCUUCAACGAGCUCAUCCCGCAGGACCUGAUCAACGUCUUUGACGAGCGCGAGCUGGAGCUGUUGAUUGGCGGUAUUGCGGAGAUUGACGUCGACGACUGGAAGAAGCACACGGACUACCGCGGCUACACGGAGUCGGACGAGGUGAUCCAGUUCUUCUGGCAGACGGUGCGCUCCUGGGACGGCGAGCAAAAGUCGCGCCUUCUGCAGUUCACGACAGGAACCUCACGUAUUCCCGUCAACGGCUUCAAGGACCUGCAGGGCAGUGAUGGUCCGAGGCGCUUCACAAUUGAGAAGGCGGGCGAUGUCAUCAACUUGCCUAAAGCCCACACUUGCUUCAACCGGUUGGACCUCCCUCCGUACAAGAACUUGGAAACGCUCCAGGGCAAGAUGACGAUUGCUGUCGAGGAGACAAUGGGUUUUGGUCAGGAAUAG